AGGUUUUCAUCACAGGAGACUCAGUUACAGCUGGCUUUGUGGCGACAGACACAUCAAGUGGAGGCACAACUCUGUAACGAAUUGAACCCUCUAGUCUCCUUACUAAUCACUGAUACGAUGGUGGUGUUGGCCAGGGCGGUGGUUUGUUUGUGUCUUUGCUUCUCUCUCUGCCACGUUCGAGGCAACUACAUCCCUGGCAAGAUGAACGAAAUCAUCAUGAACCUCCUGCAGCACUACAACAUACCAGAAAGCGAGAGAUAUAACGGGGAGCCCAUCUUCGUCAAAGAUUCGAUUCCCAGGAACAUGGAGGAAAAGAAGGUGUUUAUGAGAGGCGUUUUGGACGCGUACGACAGUUUGUUCAACCAGAUGUUGAAGGAACUGCCCACCCCGAUCCCCCACACUACCGGGAGCAAUAAUCUUCCCGCGGUCGCCGGUGGUGAGGGUGGUGAGGGCAAAGACGUCCGGACGGGGCUGAACGUCCUCCAUAAGAUGGUCAAGGAUCUGAUCAAAAAUGGGUACCAAAAGCAUGAGCAGCUUCUGAAGAGCCUGAAAAAUAUCCAUCAUCUCAAGAUGGAUAACCGUACUGUCCAGAGCAAAGCCUUGGGGGAGCUGGUGUGGUUGUACGACGAGGCAAGUGAAAUAAACGACACCAAGAGGAGGCGGCGACGAGGGAGCGCAAGGAAGGGCAAAACUCACAGUAGAGGCUGAGACACACAGGAACAUUUCAUUUAAAAUGGAUAAAUUAACAUGUAAAUUGUUCAAAUAUACAAGUAUGAUAGAGUAUUUUAAAUAUUUAUUUAUGAAUACAGAAAUAUUUUUCACGCUGAUUUAAACCUAAAAGAUAUUGUGAUUUCAGUAAAAAAACAAAAGACUGAGGUACUUGAAAGAAGAGGGAGAUUUCAUUCUUUGAUCUAAUUUAAUAAUUAGUACAUACUCACAAUCUCAGUCAAUUAUGACCUGGAAAUACUUGAUUUCUUGACUUUAACUUAUUUAAAAGAACUGCAGAUGUAAUGUUUAGACAGAUUGAAUUGUUAUAUGUUUUAUUGUCAGUGGCUCAGGUAUUUAAAAUGUGGUACACCAACGUACUCACAUACUUGGAGUAUGCUCUUUUGUACGUUUCUACAUAUAUGUUUUGUAUUUAAAGUGUUAAUUUAAUAACCAAGCUGAUAAUUUAUUUAUUUAAGUUAUAAAUUGGCAUGAAAUGUAACUGAAUAAAACUGAAUGAACAUUU